CACAUCCUUUUCCAAUGAGCUGAAGAAAGACUCUUCUGUUUUAAAUGUUGGUAAACCUCAAGGAAAAUAUGGACCAGUGCCAUCACCUCAGACAAAAUUCCUCACCCAGCAUCCCCUCCACGAGCAGGGAAACAGUAGAGAUUGGUCUCAGGAUGUACAGAAUCACACAGCCAAUGGCAUAAUAGCACAGAAUCAUUGGGACUCCCAAGAGAAGCGGUCUGCCCACCGUGCCUGCAGAAACAUUCAAAAUGACUGUGAUGCCGUUGAGAGCAGUUUGGUAAAUGGAGAAAGAGGAAACACUAGUACGGACUCAUUGCCAACCACAGCAACUUGCAAGGGGCCGAAGAUCAAGAGCCAUCUCUGGGCUCCAGGUGCCAAUUCAUUCCCAUCUGUAAAAGAAGCUGGAGAGAUGAUUGCCAAUAAGGAAGAGAAGCGGGUUGAGCAAAGCAGUCAGCGAGACCCUAACACGGAGACAAAGGAAACAAAUGAAGAGAAAUGUUACAAAAUUGCAAAUGAGCUUUUGCACACUGAAAGGGCUUAUGUGAUUAGACUUGCUCUCUUGGAUCAGGUCUUUUAUUGCAAACUAAUGGAUGAAGCUAACCGGGGAUCAUUUCCGUCUGAAGUUGUGAAUAAAAUAUUUUCCAACAUUUCAUCCAUCAAUCAGUUCCAUAGUCAGUUCUUACUACCUGAGCUUGAGAAAAGAAUGCAAGAAUGGGACACCAACCCCAGAAUCAGUGAUAUUCUGCAGAAACUGGCUCCUUUUCUCAAGAUGUAUGGAGAGUACGUGAAGAACUUUGACAAUGCAAUGGAGCUGGUGAAAACUUGGACGGAGAGAUCGCCUUGUUUCAAAUCCAUUAUUCAAGAUAUUCAGAAACAGAAAGUUUGCGGAAAUCUGACUUUGCAGCAUCACAUGCUAGAACCUGUACAACGAAUCCCAAGAUAUGAGAUGCUGUUGAAGGAUUAUUUGAGAAAAUUACCUGCAGAUUCUCUAGAUUGGAAAGAUGCUGAAAAGUCCUUGGAAAUUAUAUCCACAGCUGCAAGUCACUCUAACAGUGCCAUCCGGAAAAUGGAAAAUUUGAAGAAGUUACUAGAGGUGUAUGAAAUGUUAGGAGAAGAAGAAGAUAUUGUCAAUCCUUCAAAUGAACUGAUAAAAGAAGGGCAAAUACUUAAGCUUGCUGCUCGCAACACAUCAGCUCAAGAAAGAUAUCUCUUCUUAUUCAAUAACAUGUUGCUGUACUGUGUACCAAAAUUCAGCUUAGUGGGAUCUAAGUUUACAGUCCGGACCAGAGUUGGCAUUGAUGGUAUGAAGAUUGUAGAAACCCACAAUGAAGAAUACCCACACACUUUUCAAGUGUCUGGGAAAGAAAGAACUUUAGAGUUGCAGGCCAGCUCUGAACAAGACAAAGAAGAAUGGAUAAAGGCUCUUCAGAGUACGAUAGAUGCUUUUCAGCAAAGAAAUGAAACAUUCAGAAAUGCCAUUGCAAAAGAAUACGAUGACAUGCCUAUUGAGGUUUCUACUGCUGAGCUCGGUAAGAGAGCCCCAAGAUGGAUCCGAGACAAUGAAGUGACUAUGUGUAUGAAAUGCAAAGAGCCAUUUAAUGCACUGACAAGGAGGAGACAUCAUUGCCGAGCUUGUGGGCAUGUGGUUUGCUGGAAAUGUUCUGAUUAUAAAGCUCACCUUGAGUACGAUGGCAAUAAGCUGAACAAAGUCUGUAAAGAUUGCUACCACAUUAUAACAGGGUGCACUGAUAGCGAAGAAAAGAAAAAAAGAGGAAUCUUGGAGAUUGAAUCAGCAGAAGUGUCGGGAAAUAGUGUGAUAUGUAGUUUUCUGCAGUAUUUGGAAAAAUCUAAAACAUGGCAAAAGGCUUGGUGUGUGAUACCUAAACAUGAAGCCCUUGUUUUAUAUAUGUAUGGCGCUCCACAGGAUGUCAAAGCCUCGGCUACUAUUCCUCUUUUGGGCUACGCAGUAGAUGACACUCCAAGAAGCGCUGACCUCCCGCAUAGUUUCAAAUUGACUCAGUCUAAAUCUGUGCACAGUUUUGCAGCAGAUAACGAAGAGCUUAAACAGAAGUGGUUGAAAAUCAUCUAUUUAGCUGUUAAAGGUGAAACACCAGACUGCUCUAACGAUUCACAAAUCAGUUUGGAGGAUCAGCAGGAAAGCACUGCCAAACUGGAAUCCACCAAUGGUCUGUAAAGCUGUUAUUUGUCCCAUUCCUGUUGGGGUUGACACUACUUCCUAAAAACAAAUUUGAAAAGACGCCAGCCUUUCUGCCAUGUUUCUUAGCACUUUAUGUUGGAAAAGAACAAAAGAGUCCAUAUCGUUUUAGAGAAAUUGUCCUUAACGUUUAUGUUAUGUCAAUAAAAUUAAUGUACAGAA